UGGUGAACGAGGCAAAAGCCGUACCGAUGAUCGAGGACCGAGCCUCCAAGCCCCGGACGCGUCGUCUCAACGGAGUGACGUCGUCGGAAGGCAAGGUCCGAGCGCAGAGAGCGGUCGGGACGGACGACGACAGGAGCCAGACCGGCAUGAUCUUCGGCCCAGAGGAGGACACAGUCCAGACCCGUCUGGAGUUUGGGCAGGAGGACGUGCCGGGAGGAGUGGCCAAUGGCCGGCUCAAUCCGGCGUUUGCUGAGGACGAGCCGGACCGCGCCAACAGCUGGACCAAAAACGUCCUCUUCGCAGCCGGAUCGUCGAAGGACGCAGAGAGCUCGCAGUUUUCUCUACGAGGCUUUGAGGAGUUCUUGGAGUGUGCUUCCAUGAGGCCCGUUUGUCCGCUUCGAUAA